CUUCCACCAACUAACUGCCAUUUUCCUUCUCUGUAGUCACUCUUGCUUGUUAGGCUUCUGAGGCCCAGGCUCAUGGAGCCAGUUUCAGGAUGGCUUAAUAAAGAUUUGGUUUAUGAAUGUUGGGGGUAUAGUGAAAUGAUGGGCCAAGAACUAUGUGAAGAACUUCAGUCAAGAGAAAUUAAUACUAUGCAUUCUUUCCCAACAUUGAAGAUUAUAGUGGGACAAUGGAUCUGUUUGGAGACAUAGAUGACAUUUCUUCAGACAGUGAUGGGGAUAAUCAACCACCCAUUCAAAGACAGCCUGUUACAGAUGCAUGUGGAGUGCCUCAGAACCAGCGGGAGGAAGAGCCGAUUUCUGAAACCAAAAUAGAAGUAGAAAUUCCUAAUAUCAACUCUGAUUUGGGAAAUGAAUUGUACUUUGUUAAACUACCCAAAUUUCUCAGCAUAGAAUCCAAGUAAGAGGACUGACUUAUAGUUUUAUUUUUCCUGCAAGAUAUUGAGUAAAAGUAUGUGGACUUUAAUAUUCUUGUUGUGGUAAUGUGUUGGCUAAUCACAAAGGUGGGAGAUUUUUCAUGUAACUCUGAAAAAAUAAAUUUAGGGUGUGCUAUGGUAGAAAAUGAUGAAUUUACUGGUAUGAGAAAGCUUUACUGCUAAUAAUUCUUUUAGCAUUUUGGCACUUUCUUACCAAUGAGCAGGUAUCAUAGCUGAUGAAGAUGUUUUUUAUUUUCAUAAAGCUGAAAAAUUGGAAAACGAAGGUGAGAAAGUUUGCUGGAAAAAUCACAAAAGUUCAAUGCAAAAGCCAUUGUGAAUCUAGAAAAGAUGAUGAUAUUUGAAAACAAAAUAGUGUGGAUGGGUAUCAUGAUAGUUUACAAGUGCAAGCUCUUGUGCAAUUAAACAUGACACCUUUCUUAAAAAAUAUGAAAAGGUAGAUCAUGUGUCACCUAUACUUUAGAGGACUAUUUCCCCAAACAAGAAAACAAUUUAAAAUUUUUGAAUUAUUAGUCACAUUUGGAUUUUUU